AUGGCGAUGGCGACACGAAGGAUGUCCCCGAGGCGGCGGCCUUCAGUGCCAGCUCCACCCGGAAGACGCCAGCCGCGCAUCGCAGGGCUCACAGCAGACGCAGACAGAUGGGGCGGCGGGGACAGCAGGGCCCGGGACGCAGUGGGCAGCUGCAGGCGGGGACGGUGGUCGGAGCUGCGAGCACUGAAUGGUGCGCGGCCGUGCCACUACCGGCCACCGGGAAGCAGAGCGCCUGGUAGAGCCCAGGCCCUGGGAGCACAGCCCACGUGUUCCGGGCACGGGCUCGGCAGCCGGAUGGUGCGUGCGCGCCCGCAGGCGGAGGCUCAGCGCCGUCGGGGCACCGCGGGCCUCCAAACGGACUUGCAGCAGCAGCGGGCGCCCGGCCAGGUGCUUGCAGCUCCGGGCCCGGAGCCCAAGACACGCCGCGUCCUGCCCGCCGCCCCUCGCGGCCUCCGUCCAACAGCUCCUGGGGCAUUUGCGCGGCGCCCACCGCAUAGAUGGGGAAACGGAAGCACAGAGAGGCCAAGAAACUUGUUGAAGGUCACAGAGCCCAUAAGUGAUAGGGCCAGGACUUGAAUCUGAGCAGACCAGCUACAGAGCCCACAUGCUGAAACCACCGUGCUGUGCUGUUUUCUGGUGGGUGAUGCUGAUGACAACGAUGACACUUUUGACACUGGGCUUGCUUUGGUGCACACUACAUGCAUUCAUGUAUGGGAACAUGCUCUGCCGGCUAAAAAGUAAAUGCUGGACUUGUAUGAACUCUGACUUAGGUACAAGUUGCGGGAGAGGGAAGGCAGGAGCAGCAGCGUGGAACACCUACUGUGUGCGGCCCCUGGGUGAAGCACUGAGAAAUGGAAUAGGAAGGAGACCCAGCCUUGGCACUCAGGGACUUCCCAGGCUCUGAGAAAGACAGACGCAAACCAUGGCAAUGCAGGUGCCAGUACAUGGGUUAGAAGUGGCAGCAGAGGGCACAGCAGAGGUGGCAGGCACUGCAUGCCAGCCAGGCCUGAGUGCUGUGCUAAAAUCCUCUUUUUUGUACCCUCUCCUUGCAGGGGAGCAGGCUUUAAAGAACACCGCACCGGGGCCGUGGCUCACGCCUGCAUUCCCAGCAAUUUGGGAGGCUGAGGCCAGAGAAUCACUUGCAGCCAUAAGUCCGAGACCAGCCAGAGCAACAUAGCAAGACCUCAUCUCUUUAAAAAAAUUACCAAAAAAAGAAAAAAAGUUGAAUGUGGCCCCAGCUACUCAGGAUGCUGAGGCAGGAGGGAGAACCCCUUUAGCCCAGGAGUUCAAGACUUUAAUGAGCCGAGAUCGCCCCACUGCCCUCCAGCCCGGGUGACAGAGUGAGACUCCAUCUCUAAAAACGUUGGAUUUUUUUUUUUUUUUUUUUGAGACAAAGUCUUGCUGGACUGCAGUGACACCAUCUUGGCUCACUGCGACCUCUGCCUUCCAGGUUCAAAUGAUUCUUCUGCCUCAGCCUCCUGAGUAGCUGGGACUACAGGCACGCAUCACCACACCCAGCUAAUUUUUAUAUUUUUAGUAGAGACAGGUUCACCAUAUUGGCCAGGCUGGUCUUGAACUCCUGACCUCGAGUGAUCUGCCCCCACCCUCAGCUUCCCAAAGUGCUGGGAUUACAGGCGUGAGCCACCAUGCCCAGCCUAAAAAUAUUCUUUUAACAAAUAAAGAACACCUGCUCCUCUUCCUCCUGCCAGGCUGGGCAUAGCAGGCACCUCCUCCAGAAGGCCCGCCAGUCUUGGCACUUGUCCCAGGCUCCCACAGCGUGCAUCCCAGGCCUCAUCAUGGCCCGAUCAUCAGUCUAGCACUAGACUGAGCCCAGCGUGCUCCAGCCUCCCGACAGCUCCCAGCAUACAGUGGCUGUUCAAGAAGGGCCUGCUUGCUGAAGGAAUG